AUGGCGUCGACUGGUAAUUCCAAGGACGUGCAAAAGGAGUUGAUGAAGAACGUUGAAGUCCCAACCAUCCCUUACCACCUCUUCGACAUCCUCGUCCAAAAAUGCGAGAAGGAAGGAUACCACCUCGAGCCGGCCUUCGUCCACAACCACCUACGCAAAACCGGCGACUACAACCUUUGGUAUGCCUUCAAGGCAAUCGCCGAGGAAAUGGAGAAGCGUACCAAGGCUCUUGAGGAAUCUGGUCGCAUUACGGUGGCGCAUGAGUCCACUUUCCUCAGCUCAUGGGGAGCCGGCCCGUCUCAGUAUUACAACACCCUCCUCACGUACCUUGAGGACGAGGACAAGCAGCUGAAAGAGGUGGGCACCCUGGGAUGGAAAUCAGCCGUUGGUCUCCUGUUGAAGUCCGCCAGUAAAUCUACGUACAAGAACCCUGAGUACUGUAGGGCCGGCCUCUAUGAAUACCACGUCCAAUUGAACGCCUCUCGCAACCGACGCGCGAUGUACUACAACCAAUGUCGACAGCAAAAUAUUUCCGAAGGAGAACUGGAGGCUUGUCUCAAGGAAUGGGAUGAACAAGAGAACAACCUCUUGCACAUUGUCCCCGCUAACGAAACCCACGCCCAGCGCGAUGCCCGCCUCACUAGACUCAACAGAGCACGUACACGCAUCCUGGACCCCGUUACCGCUGAGGAGAACCAGCAGAUUGCGGACAUGCUUGUUUGGUACCAAAGUCCUUGCGCGCAGAACUCGGCUAUGAAUCCCGAGGAUCCCUUCCUGACUCUGAUCUCUGAGGUUAUAAAGGAAUUAUUGGUCCACGACUCAUCCCUUGGCUCGAAGGGCUCAAUGCCGUACCGAUUCAUCAAGGAGGCCAACCAAGCACUUAGCGACAAGAACUAUCCCGAAGAGCAAACCUCCGAUGUUCGUCACCUUAAGAGCACUCUCGCCAAGGGCAUCAAGGAGAAUGAGGAGAUUUAUCAGGGCACUAUUGCUCCCGGUCUUCGCAAGAAGAUGGAGAGUGCGAAUGAACAACGCCCAGCCACCGAGGACAGCGAUGACGAUUCCGAUGACCAAGACAACCCCAACACAAUGGAAUUCUCCUUCGGCAGCCUGACCGUUGAUGAGGACACGAUCAAGAAGGCUCUCCAAUGGUACAAGUAUGACAGGGUCCAGUACAAUGGCCUGUUCAAGGGUCACAAGGCCACGAACUGUCCCCAGGGCUGUGACACGACGACGCAUGAGUGGAUGACUGAGGCAAUGACCGGCAUUGCGGAGAAGUAUAUCAAACUCCGGGAGACACAGCAACUGAAGGACAUCGCCCUGAACGCCCUGGCUCGUGGCAGUGGACACACAGUUGAUGUACUCUCCGAGGCCGAAGGUGGUGUUUUGGAUGCGGACACUAUUCAACUUCACAACGUCUUGCUUGAGAUCAAGCUUCGAGUUGCGGGUCCGGGUAAUAAGAAUGACGACGAUUUUGCGGAACACCAGGCAGCACUCCGCGAUUUGACGACUAUGGAGCACGAUUGGACACCCGUUGCGGUCACGAUCUGUGGCGGAAGUGCGGCCCUUGCAAAGGCAUUCCUCGAUGAGGCGGAGGGACACAUCCGAUCCUAUCUUAAGAAGAAGGGUAUGCCGCAGACUCAAAUGAAGGUGGACAUUGAAGGUUACCGUUUCGCAGUUCGCUGCUUGGAUGGUUUGGGCUCGGAGAACUCCAAUGUAGCUAGCACUGGUUCGGGCAAUGAGGACAAGGCUGGUGACGUUGGUGGUUCAGCUUCGGCUGAAGGUGACAAGAAGAAGAAGAAGAAGCGUGGUGGUAAGAAGGCCAAGAAGAACUGAGUAGAUAGCGAAUAGCAAAUCAAGAUCCAUGUACG